AUGAAAUUGGCGUUGUUUGUGGCCGUUGUAUUGACCAUGGCUGAGCUGGUGGACAUGAUAGAAAUGGAACGUAUUGCUCAAAAUUUGGGUAAAGGGAAAGAAGAACAAGAAGAUGAGAGUGAUGAUCGUUUUGAAGAUGAGUUAGAAGGCUCAAAAAGUGUUGCAAAUGACCAGCUGAUCGAUCAAAAGUUGGUUAAGGGAGUAGAAGAUGAAGAGGAUGAGGGUGAUGGUUGUUUUGGGGAUGAAUUAGAAGUCUCAGAAGUUCUUACAAAUGACCAAAUGAUCGAUCAAUGUUUGUUAAGGGAGUGA